AUGAACCCACACGCAAGCGAGGGACGAAGUGAAAUAGAACGAUGUCAGAUCAUGAUGAUAUCUUGCUGGACGAAGAUCUUGGAGACGAAGAAUACGACUUGGGUAACGACGAGGAAGAAGCGCUUUUAGCCGAUGACAAUGAUUUUGAGAGGUUACCUGUGCAGCAGACCGUAAGUAAAGGAGAAGAAGAGACAGACGAUGUACUGGACUUAGGUGUCACCGAUGCACUUGAUGACUUGGAAGCAGAAGAAGAAAAUGUUCAAUCUAGAAAUAACAAGGAUAAAGCGCAGCCAAGAGAUGCUGCUAACGCUAAAAAGUUGCCCGAAAUCGUAUCGAAGCAUACACCAUCAAGGGAACCAGUUUCAUCUCAGGAGAGUCAAGAGCGUCAUUCGGAAGAAGAACCAGAUGCGCCGCUCGUUCGGCAGCAGCAAGUUGAUCUGCGAGAAAAAUUGCGGGAAAAAUCAAACAGUCAACGCGAGGCGUUCGCCAGAAAUGGCCAGUCGACGGAAGACGACGAGUGUGAAGAAGGCAAAGAAAGACGGAACAGAUUUCAAAGUGAGAGGUCCACGAUUCCAAAAAUGAAUCACAACAUACCCGAUUCAUUGGAAAAUGUUGUAACUGCAGAACAACAUAGACCGCACUAUAGAAGUAGAGAUAGAGUUGGUGAUAGGGGUGACAGACCUGAUAGAAGUGAUCGAGGUGGUGAUAGAGGUGACCGAGGAGAUCGAAGAAACUUGCGAGGCAGAAGCAGUGGCAGAUAUGACAUACUUCCAUCCGGAAGGUUUCUUCACGUUCAUAAUCCUCUGCCUGCGAAUCAGCAACCACCAUUUAGAGGACCUCUGCUGGAAAAUCGACCACCAUUCCCACCAGGGCCACCUAGUAAUUUGUCCGGACAGCCACCGCAUCAUCCGAUGUAUCCUCAUCCUAAUACUCCGGCUCAACCUCCUUACCAUCACCCUCUGGCCAAUAGUCCUCUACCUGGGCAUCCUCACUUUGGUGAUCCUCGCUUACCGAUUCUGCCUAAUCAAUUCCCGGACGGAAUCAGACCUCAAGGCCCAAGAUUAAACAUGCCGAGGAUAGACUACGGACCUCGCUGUCCACCACCACCGCCACCAGGAGCACUCAGCCUUCCUGGACCUCCAGGCCUCCAUCCUUCAGGCCCACCAGGCAUUCCUGGUCAUCCACCCGGCCCCCCAGGAAUACCUCCUGGACCACCCGGUGUUUCGGGCCCACCCGUACCUGGACCAGCAUAUAACUGUCAGCCGAGUCAGCCACCGUUUGGAUCAAAUCAAGGCAUGUUUCCAAACCAUCAGAUACAUCUGCCCGAGAGAGCGCCAGCUCAUCUCGGUGGUAGUCAAGGACCACCGAUGGCUAUGAUGCAAGGACCAAGUGGACCUCACAUCCCUGGCAAUCAGCCUCCCAUAAUUCCUAGUAGUCAAGGUAUCCUAGCACCAGUUUUCAAUCGAGCUCAAGCUCCGGCUCAACCUGCGUCUCUUCAGAAUCAUCCAAAUGCGUCGCCCCAAGCAGCCUAUGAAAAUCGAGUACAAUUUCCAGAUCAGCAAUUUGAGAAUCAUCCGCCGUAUGAUAACCGAAACUCGUAUAAUCCAGCGGUUAGUCAAUUCAAUCACAACGCAUCGCAGAUAGGUCUACCUGUACCACCGUCAACGUCUCAGCAACAGCAAAUGAUCGUAGGUAUCACCAACGUACCCAAUGUGCCAAGCAUACCAAAUGUUCCUGCCAUUCCAACUGGACAUAAAAUUCUCAUUAAUCCUCACUUUCGAGGUAAUCCGAUAAAAAGUGAUGGUAAAGCACCACAAGAUCCCGCAGAUAAGUUUGUUCAAGCACUCAAAAAUGCAUCUAAUGCACGCGAAAAUCGAUCCAAUAGUGCAAAACCCGAUGAUCCGUUCUCAUAUUUCUCAGAUAUGUGGCAAGAAAGCAAAUCACAUAAGCCGGCGAGCGCGAAUCCUCGCAGAUCAUACUCUCCUGAAACUAAUUACAAGAGCGCGACUUAUGAUAGCAAGUACAAGUCUGACAGCCAGUGGUCUCAUAGAGAUAACCAUACGGAGGAGCAUAGGAGUUCUCGCGACAAAUAUAGAGAAAGAGACUUAUCACCUCGACCUCGUAACGAUCAAAAGCAUUUUACUACUUCACCUGAUGUUGGUCAUCGAGGCGAAAGUCACAAUCAUAGUUCACUAAAAUCCAGUGCUCAUAAAGAAAAAUCCAAAUCGGUCAUUUCUCCUUCAAAAGAAGCAAGUAGACUGGCACAGAAAAGAGCGCUCGAUGAAAUGUUGGAAAGGAACUUGAAGGAAGAAGAAAGUCCAAAGAAAUUGCGAUUGAACUCAAAGCAUGCAGAACAUAUUGAAAAACCCUUCGAAAAAGAAGAGAAGGAGGAAGAAAUGGAUCCAGAAAUGAGAGAAUACCGUAGAAAGAUGGAAGAGCAAAAACGUCUGCGCGAAAGGAUUUUACGAGAAAAAGAAAAUCGUCGCAAAAUGGCUGCCAUGGAAAAAACAAAUGCAACUUCUGCUGAAUCUAAUAGCUCAGAGAAUACGAAGCAAGAGUCCACAAUCGCAAAUAUUGCGAAAGAAGGUGCAAAAGGAAAAACUAAUCUUACACUUGCUAAAGGACGAAGCAGACUAACUAAUAAACAGUCUACAGAGGAAAACCCUGCUCCCGCUCGAGUAGUGCGUACUGUUCAAUUAAAAACAGCCAAAGAACAGCUACAGCAAGCAAGUGACAUUGAAGGCGAAGUCGACGAGGACGAAGAAGAUGACGGAGGAAAGAGUGAAUUGCUGUCGCGAAUCAUAUUAAAAAAAGUAAAGAAAGCUCAGAAAACAGCUACUCAAAAGAGCAGUGCAGUUCAGAAAUCGUCGAGCAACAAGACGGUAACGGCGAAUCGACAGCUGGGUCAAAUAAGACAACUGCUUACCAAUUCUCAAAGGAUCGUCGUACAAAGUUCAACAGGAAAUCCACAGAAACAAGAGCAGCUACAACGCCAAAGAAUCGUCGUUAACAAAGGCCAAGAAGCUAAGAAACUUAUUAAAACCAAUAUCGUGAAAGUCGAUAAUUUAGCUGCGAGUACAACCGAGGCGCAGAUACGUCGAAUGUGCCAAGGAAUCGGCAGUAUUGAGAGCGUACAAAUGGGAGAGGGUAAUGCGACGAUCGUCUUUAAGACGCAAUCCGCAGCCAUGGUCUUUCACAAAAAGUAUCAGCGAAAAAUGCUGGAUUUGUCGCUGAUCAAAGUUCAGCUGAUACCGCAAACCACCACGCCCACCAAGGCGUCGACGGUAUUGUUAAAAAAUUCCGCUAAGAAUUAAUCUUGUAUUUCAAGCGCUUGACUCUUUAGACGACGAGGAUAAUGGACGUUUAGUUGUGUAUGUGCUGCAAAAGUGUAUUAUUAUUUAGGACAAUGGAUUCUAUUGACGUAUCUAUUUAAUUCUAUUUGUAUAUAACAUGUAAAACUGAUGAUAUAUCUUGUUAAUUUCUGAGUUAGUGUAAUGAAAGCACUAGUAAGCAUUUCUUUUUUUCGUUCAAGAGAAAACAAUUGAGCUAUACAUAAUGUAAUAACUUGUAUGAUAAAAGUAAAAGCAAAGAACAAAUUUGGCUGUUUCACGGCUGCUGUAAAAAAUUAUAUCAAUGUGGCGUGCGCACUUAUCACAUGCCUAUAUUUAUAGAUUAGAUUUAUUUCUACAAAGACCGCAAAAAUAUAUGUCAAAUGUUGUAAGACGAUGUACAUUCUUUUUUAUAAUUUGUCACUUUAUUUUAGCCAACGACUACAAUA